AUGCAAAUGAAGAGGAAAUGGAUUCAAAUUAUGAUGACCCUUUUGUUGAUUCAAUUCAUUGUUGCUGAUAAUUCCUAUGACGAUGAGAAUGUCGAUGAUAAGGCAUUGAGUCUAGAGCUUGUGCAUAGGCAUGAUCCUAGAUUUGGUGGUGAUCAUGUAGAUCAAGUUAAGGCAAUGAGAGGGUUCAUUCAAAGGGAUUUGUUUCGAAGGCAACAAAUGAAUCUAAGAAAGGGAAUCUAUCAAGGUCAUCAUAGGAGAAAAGACAUGGAAGUGGAAAAAGAAUUUCAAAUGUCAAUUCAUUCCGGUAGAGAUUUUGCUGUUGGUGAAUAUUUUGUUGAAGUUGAAGUUGGAACGCCAGGACAAAGCUUUUGGCUUGUUGCUGAUACAGGAAGUGAUUUAACAUGGUUUAAUAGCAUACCUCAUACACUAGCUAAAAAGCACCCUCCUCAACAAAAAAAACAUCACCUCCACCACCACCACCAUCAUCAUCAUGGGAAACACAAACAUAAACAUAAACAUAAAGAAGGUUCAAAGACAAAGUCAAAGAAAAAAUCAAAAUCAAAAACAAAAUCAACAAGACCGACAGAAAGAGAUGAUCCUUAUGAUCCUUGCAGUGGUAUUUUUUGUCCACAUCGUUCUCAUUCAUUUCAAAAACUUCUUUGUUCAUCAAAUACCUGCCAACAAGAUCUAAGUAAUGUUUUCUCUCUUACCUAUUGUCCUAGCCAAUCUGAUCCAUGCCUUUUUAAUGUCAGCUAUGCUGAUGGAUCAUCUGUUUUAGGAUACUUUGGAGUUGAAACUAUAUCAGUAAACCUAACAAAUGGAAGGAAAGAAAAACUUGAAAAUGUAACAGUUGGAUGCACACUAUCAGUGCUUAAUGGUAUCACAUUCAAUGAUAACACGGGUGGAAUAUUAGGUUUAGGCUUUUCAAAAGGUUCAUUUGUUGAUAUAGCAAGUCUAAAAUAUAAUACAAAAUUCUCCUAUUGUCUUGUUGACCAUUUGAGCCACAGAAAUGUUUCAAGCUACCUAACAUUUGGAAAUCCAAAAGUCAAACUCUUGGCUGAGAAGCAAACAACAGAACUUUUUCUGUAUCAACCAUUCUAUGGUGUGAAUGUCACUGGCAUAUCGGUCGGUCGCGAAAUGCUGAAAAUCCCACCUAGAGUUUGGGAUUUCCAAGCUAGAGGUGGUAUGAUAAUUGACUCAGGUACAACCUUAGCAGCACUUGUUGUUGAAGCCUAUGAGCCUGUUGUUGAAGCAUUGAAGAGUUCUUUGAAGCAUGUGAAAAGGGUUGAUAAAAGUUUAGGUGAUUUGGAUUUUUGCUUCGAAAGUGAAGGUUUCGAUCCGAGUUGUGUUCCAAGUUUAGUUUUUCAUCUUGGUGGAGGAGUGAAGUUUGCACCACCAGUGAAAAGUUAUGUCAUUGAUUUUGGACCAAAUGUGAAGUGUCUCGGAUUUAUGUCAGUAAAUGGAACUGGUGUUUCUGUUAUUGGAAAUAUUAUGCAGCAAAGCCAUCUUUGGCAAAUUGAUGUGUACCAAAACACUAUCUCAUUUGCUCCUAGUAGAUGCAGCUAG